GUUUGGAUGCUCUUAUAUUUUGAUGUUCAUUUUGUAAACAAAAUUAAGAUAAUUUUGUCAGAAAAUAAGAACAGACCGGCGCAGUCCAUCUUUUCUCCUCACCCUCCUCACCUCCCCGCCGAUAGCCACCGCCUGUACCCGUUUAUUUUCCCUUUCUGACUAAUCCAGUCGGCGUGCCGCAGCCACCCUUACUCUCCUCAGGUCGCUGCUGAGUGACUGCGGGCCGCGUCCAAAGCCACCUCUCUACAACUACCUGGCUGGGGGCUGGAGCCCCCUCCAAGCCCUGGGUUCUUACUUAGAUAGUUUGGAAAAGCAGCUAAUUUUGAUUGAAGUUUGACGCAAAUGUCCGCUACUCUUUCUGUGCCGUAUCCCUCAAAAUGCUUAGAUAAAUAGGCUAGUUUUCAUGGCUUGCUUUCAAAUUCCGCACCAACAACUUCAUAUUUUCUGGAGGACGUCUUAUUGCUGCGGGAGGAGUCUCUCUGUGAAACAGAAGUUAGGCCACAAAUUGACGUCUAGUGGAGAUUCAGGAAGGUCAUAUUCACGCCUUCUUUUUAAAAAGGACUCAUGCAAAGUGAGACCUAGUUUGAGUUCUGGAUUUUGUAAAGUUCUGCAACCUAUCUGUUUGAGAGGUGUCAGUACAGCUGCUCAAAACGCAACGCUUAGCCAAAGUACACUUCUUGAUACUGCUCCACGUGAAGAUGGUUCCACCGCCGCCCUAAAUCCAUCAAAUGGCAGAGUAAUGCUCAUUGAUGGCACUUCAAUCAUGUAUAGAGCGUAUUACAAGCUUAUUGCGAAAUUGCACCAUGGUCAUCUAUCUCAUGCUGAUGGCAAUGGAGAUUGGGUCCUAACCAUUUUCAGUGCGUUGUCUCUGAUAAUUGAUGUAUUGGAAUAUAUCCCUUCACAUGUAGCGGUGGUUUUUGACCAUGACGGGGUUCCUUAUGGUCAUGCGUCUCUUUCGUCCAAACAAAGUUUUGUUGGAAAAGGCAUAAAUUUUCGUCACACCCUAUACCCGUCUUACAAAAGCAAUCGGCCUCCAACCCCUGAUACUGUUGUCCAGGGGCUUCAGUAUUUGAAAGCGUCCCUCAAGGCUAUGUCUAUCAAAGUGAUUGAGCAGGUUCCAGGUGUUGAAGCUGAUGAUGUAAUUGGGACACUGGCCGUUAAAAGCGUCAAUGCUGGGUUCAAGGUACGAGUUGUCUCCCCAGACAAAGAUUUUUUCCAGAUACUGUCUCCUUCAUUGCGCCUGUUGCGAAUUGCUCCUCGUGGCUUUCAGAUGUCCUCUUUUGGGAUGGAAGACUUUGCUAAGAAGUAUGGGACACUGGAGCCAUCUCAGUUUGUUGAUGUAAUUUCACUCGUGGGAGACAAAUCUGAUAACAUACCAGGAGUUGAAGGUAUUGGAGACGUUCAUGCUAUUCGACUUAUUACAAAGUUUGGUUCAUUGGAAAACUUAUUGCAGUGUGUUAACGAAGUUGAGGAGGAGCGAAUCAAAAAGGCAUUGAUUGCAAAUGCCGAGCAGGCUAUUCUAAGCAAGAAUCUUGCUAUGUUACGUUCUGACCUUCCAUCCUAUAUGGUCCCAUUUACAACCAAAGAUCUGACUUUUAUCAAACCAGAGGAUGACGGGCAGAAAUUCACAAGCCUCCUGAUUGCCAUUAGUGCUUAUGCAGAAGGAUUUUCUGCAGAUUCUAUUAUUAGACGGGCUGUUAAUUUGUGGAAGAAGCUUGAAAGCCAAUGACCACUAAUCUAAAAGGUAUUUCCCAGCACUUGGAGUAUGUUUGCAGUUUCUUCUGUGGUGGAAGGGAAUUUUGGACACAAAUUCACAGCCAAUUCGACUGUUUUUGAGCAUACUGUAGGUGCUAGCUCUUUGAUUCCGAUAUCUGUUUUCCUCCAAAUGAAUCUCCUAUAUAUAUUUCUUUUUCAUCUUAA